UGAAGUAAACAGCGUGUGAAGACCCCACCAGCUAUGAGACACGAAAGUAACAGCUUAAUAACGCAAAUAUUCACCUAAAUAUCGUUAUUUCUGGAAUCAUAACGUCAAAAAUAAACAGUUGAUCAUGGAUGAUCAGGGCUGUCCGAGGUGCAAGACGACAAAAUACAGGAAUCCGUCCCUGAAACUGAUGGUGAAUGUUUGUGGACACACACUAUGUGAGAACUGUGUGGAGAUGCUGUUCGUGCGGGGGUCCGGUAACUGUGUCCAGUGCGAUACUCCCCUCCGAAAAAGUAACUUCCGUCUGCAGCUGUUCGAGGACCCAGCGAUAGAUAAGGAGGUGGAGAUCCGGAAGAAAGUUCUAAAAAUUUAUAAUAAAAGAGAUUUUGACUUCCCCAGUCUCAGAGAGUAUAACGACUACCUGGAGCAGGUGGAAGAAAUCGUGUUUAACCUGACAAACAAUGUGGACGUUGAGAGCACAAAGCAGAUGAUGGAGCAAUACCAGAGAGAGAACCGAGACAUCAUACAGAGAAACAAAGCCAAACUGACCCGCGAGCAGGAGGAGCUGGAGGAGCUUUUGUUACUGGAGCAGCAGGACACGCAGCAGCGGAGGCUGGAGACGCUGCAGGAGGAGCAGAGGCAGCUACAGGCCAAAAGGAAAAGCAAGCAAGCCUUACUGGACGAGCUGGAAAGCUCCCAGCUGCCAGCGUCUAUCCUUCUGGCUCAGCAUAAAGACAGAGCGGCGCAGCUGGAGACUCAGAUCGAGAAGCAGAAACAAACCGUCAAACCGGCCACAAUCUUUUCUACAGGCAUUCUGAAGGGUCAGACGGUGUCUCUCGCCCCAGUAGCCCAUAUUGUGGAGGUGUUAUAUAGAUAUCAGCCGCUUCACAUCGAAACGUUCGGACCACCUGUACCCGAACUGGAGCAGCUGGACAGGAUUGGGUAUCUGAAUCAUGUGAGGAUGGCGACUCCGCAGGACCUGGCGGGGGGGUACACAUCAGGACUGGCCUGCCACCGAGCGCUACAGGACGCUUUCAGCGGACUCUUCCCUUCAUUAAUAUAACACCCCCCCCCCAACAGGAGGGUAAUACAUAACUUCUGUCACAAGUGCAGAUUAUCCAGUAGGAAAUCAAUUAAAGGACGAGUUCAGCAAAUUGACCCCAUUUCUCCCCUUCAGCCAAGACAUCUUUUGGUGUCUGAACAUCACUGCUUCAGUUUUCUUCUUUUUGUUUUCACGUAAACUCUUUAAUAAACAUGAUAAUGUGGUUUCAGACACUGUAUGACUCACUGAUAUCUAUAAACAUGGACUAAAGUACGACAAUUCUACUGUAUUUAGCUAUGCUAAUGUGCUUCAGUCCAUGUUUAUAGGUGACAGUGAGUCAUACAGUGUCAGAAACCACAAUCAAGUCUAUUAGAGAUACUGAACAUGUGUGUGAUGAUUUAGGCGUCAUGCUAAUCUGUGGGGUAUAAGCUCCCAUUACUUUUCAGCUACAUUAGCCUCGUAGCUCCUAAAACUAAAGCAGCAAACUUCAGACACCAAACACGUCUCAACUGAUCGACUACUUCUAGGGUAAGAGGGGAAACUGCCAGACUACCCCUUUAACCAGAACUCUCUUGUACCCUUAUUUUACUCGUGUUAAAUUAACAGUUUAAUACUGGGACAAAUUAAUCCCGGAAUCGGGAUUUUCUGCUGAUUUUACUUUUUUAGGCCAGAACUAACAAGUCUGAAAAAAGUGGAUCCACAUUGUACAGAUAUUUUGCAGCGUCUGUGAUCUUUUGUAAAUGUAUUUAGUUUAAAUAAAAGGCUAUAAAACAA